CCGGAAGUGAGGUAAUAUCCUUUUAGCUACUGUUUUGUUAUGGUUCAAACCUGAUUAUAGUAUUUAACAGAAGUCCUAAAUAAGUCUGUGUCGUGAAGCUUCAUUUGCAAAAACAAUGGAGUUCAGCUUUGUCUCCGCUCUGUGGUGUUUUAUUCCUCUUUACUUUUUCAUCCACCUCCUGUGUUUCAUCUUCGCGGAUGCUGACUUCACUCUGUUGCGGGCAAGUCUGUUAGGAAGCAGGCCAGAGGCCAAGCUGAAAGGGCUGGUGGCAUGGGUAACUGGAGCCUCCAGUGGUAUCGGAGAGGAGCUGGCCUACCAGAUGGCGAGGUGUGGGUCACGUCUCAUCCUGUCUGCUCGCCGUGAGGAUGAGCUGAACAGGGUGAAACGUUCGUGUUUGGAGUGCUCCAACCUCCGAGACGAGGAUAUUCUUGUACUUCCUCUUGAUUUGUUGGAGAGGGCGUCCCAUGAGGCAAAAACAAAAGCUGCAAUCAAGCACUUUGGACAUAUUGAUAUCCUGAUCAACAACGGCGGCCGAAGCCAGCGCUCUUUGUGCUUGGAGACUAGUGUUGAGGUGUACGAGGCCUUGAUGGAGCUCAACUUUCUGGGUACGGUCUCAAUCACCAAGCAGGUACUGCCUCACAUGACACAGCGAGGCACCGGGAGCAUUGUGACUGUCAGCAGUGUUGUUGGCAUCGCUGGGGCUCCCCUGUCCACAGGAUACUCUGCCAGCAAACAUGCUCUUCAGGGAUUCUUUAAUUCCCUGCGGACUGAGCUGACUGAUUAUCCAAAAAUACUCAUCAGCACCGUGUGUCCAGGGCCCGUGCAAUCACAGAUAGUCCACAAUGCCUUCACAGAGGAGCUGAACAAGCCUGUGGCCGUAGCUGGUAGCCAGGAGUACAAGAUGUCAACAAGCCGCUGUGUGCAUUUAAUGCUGGUGGGAAUUGCCAACGGUGUCAAGGAAAUGUGGAUUGCACAGCAGCCCUUCCUCCUCUUUUACUACGCCUGGCAGUACACGCCCACAUUCGCCUGGUUCAUCUCAAACGUGUUGGGCAGGAAGAGAGUGAAGAAUUUCAAAGCCGGUUUGGAUGCAGACUCUGCGUACUUCACGAAGCCCAAGACCUCCUGAAGAGGAAAGACUUAAGUUGCAUGUUGACCUGGAUAGUCAUAUGGGUCUCCUGCAGAAUUAACUUUGUCUUUGCUCCCAUCUAUAAGGAAAAUAUUUAAGGGCUUAAAUGCUGUGAGAGCUCAGAGUUCUGCUCACAGGGCUUGACAAAAAUGGGUACCUUUCAGUUUUCACCUUUUUAACAUUUCUCUCUAAGACAUAUUUUGAAUACAGAACAGUGCUUUCAUCUCAAAAUAUUAAAGAAUGUGCUUGUUAAUGUUAUUUUUGUAAGUUUUUUUUUUAAUGUGGCAUAGAGCACUAACCACUUGUAUGCCUAAUAAAAUUCAAUUUCAAUCAAA